CUCUGCCCUUUUGGCCAUCCUGCUCUCCACCACGUACCCCUGCCCACCCCCCUGGCCCUGCAGCCCAGCUGACCUUUGCUGUCUUCUUCCUCCCACUUCUGAUCCAGGAUCCAGGCACUGGGUGAAGGUGCAGCCCCGGGACAUGUGCAGCGAGCACAGCAGGGUGGCAGAGCCUUGUCUGCCAAAGGGAGCUUGCCGGGCCUGGCCAGGGAGGGGCAGCACUGUGAGCCCUAACUUCCAAUACCAGUGUGAGGAGCGGUAGCUCACAGAACAUGGAGAGUGGAGCAGGACAGGAAGGUGAGGUGUGGUGUGUUCCAUUGCCAGGCGAGGCAGAAAAGGUGGCAGUGGCUCCCCAGGUGCUUUCUCACAACCUCUACACUGUGCUUUGUAUCCCCCAUGAUCCUGUAGCUUUGGAGGAGCAUUUCAAAGAUGAUGAUGAUGGUCCAGUAUCAAGUCAGGGAUAUAUGCCGUAUCUCAACAAAUACAUCUUGGACAAGGUAGCAGAAGGGGCUUUUGUCAAGGAGAGUUUUGAUGAACUUUGCUGGACAUUGACAGCAAAGAAGAAUUAUAAGCCAGAUAAGAAUGGGAACAGUGUUGUUUCCCAUGAAGAUGCUUUCAGGCUCUGGUGCCUCUUUAACUUCCUCUCUGAAGACAAAUACCCUCUCGUUAUGGUCCCAGAUGAGGUGGAAUACCUCUUGAAGAAGAUCUGUACAGCUAUGAGCAUUGAACUUAAUAAUGGGGAAUUAGAUGACUAUCUUUCCCAAGAGACCCCGCAACAGAACAGUUUGACAGUUUGGCAAUUUCUUGAUUUGGUAAAUUCAGGCCGAUUACUACGUGGAAUUGAGCGUGAAGCCAUUAGCAUGGCCAUUGAAGAAGUUUACCAGGAGAUCAUCGGGGAUGUGCUCAAACAGGGCUAUCUCUGGAAGAAAGGCCACCUAAGAAGGAACUGGUCUGAGCGAUGGUUUACCCUGAAGCCCAGUGAUCUCUCUUAUUAUAUGAGUGAAGAACGUAAAGAAAAGAAAGGGAGCAUUUAUUUGGACAGAAAUUCAUGUGUGGAGAUUUUGCCCGACAAAGAUGGGAAACGAUGCAUGUUCUGUGUGAAAACACCUUCACGGACCUAUGAAAUGAGUGCCUCAGAUACCAGGCAAAGACAGGAGUGGACACUGGCCAUCCAGAUGGCAAUCCGUCUCCAGGCAGAAGGUAAAAAGUCUCUGCACAAGGACUUAAAGCAGAAGAGGAGGGAGCAGCGGGAACAGCGAGAACGAAAGAAGGCUGCCAAGGAGGAGGAAAUGCAACGCCUGAAGGAGCUGCAGGAAGAAAAGGAGCGCAAGCUGCAGGAACUGGAGCUGCUCAAAGAGGCUCAGAAGCAAGCAGAGCUUUUGCUUCAUGAAGAAGAGCAGCGGCGCCAGCAGCAACAUGAGGAGAUGCAGAAGAUGUUGGAAAUUCAGCUUCAGGAAGCAGAACAGGCUCGUGCUUCCAUGCAAGCAGAGAUGGUUCUGAAGGAGGCAGAGGCAGAACGUCAGCGCAAGCGCAUCGCAGAGCUGGAAGACAUGCAGCAACGACUCCAAGAUGCCCUGCAGCAGGAGAUUAAAGCUCGUCAAGACGAAGAGGCUCUGAGAUAUGAACAGGCCAGAUUGCUGGCAGAGGAGGAGGAAAAACUGAAGCAGCUGAUGAAAUUGAAGGAAGAACAAGAAGAUUAUAUCAUCAAGGCCCAGCAUGAAAAGCUGGCUCUCAAGCAAGAGAUGGAAAGCAAGAGCAAGUUUCUGGAAGAAACCAAACUGCAGUUGGAAGAGGUCAGAUUUAAUAGGGAGAGGAUGGACCAAGAUGUCAUGAUAGCUCAGCAGAAGCUCCAGCAAGCCAGCACCAAUGUAAAGCACUGGAAUAUUCAGAUGAAUCGACUGAUGCACCCCAUUGCUCCAGGAGAAAAGCGUACUGUGGCGAGCGGAGGAUUCUCUGGCUUUAAUCCUGCAAUCCUGUCCAAGAGAGAGUCAUCUGUCAAAUUGAAGCAAAGUCUGGAAAAAAAAAAAUCUGAUGCUGUGAAGAAUGAGAGCAAGGAAAAUGUAAAUGGAGUGACAGAGAAGCAGAUGCCGAUGCCAGAAAAGGAUAAUCCCAGCUCAGAAACCCUCUGAUUAGCCUCAGAAGAAAAACAAACCCACUUAAUUGAAAUUUAGUGACCAGAAAAUAAGCGUCAUGGCAGCUUAAUGAUUAUUAUAGUCUAUAAAUACUGAACAUAUGUAAAAAUUGUAUAGACAAGAAUUGUGAUGAUCUCUUCUGUUAAGCCACACAGUAUCCUGACAGUUUGAUUUAUGCGCUAGAGUUGCCCCUGAAGUUUUAUACAUAUACAUAUAAAUAUUGCUUCCUGCUCAAAACUUCAGAAGUAUGAUUUAAGUAUGGGAUUAUGGUUCCCCCAUGGCACACUCUAUUUGGUCUCAGCAAUUGAAGAAGAGUUCUGGUCACGUUGUAUCAUACUAUGGAAUUAAAAUUUCUAACAGUUGGUGGUCAUUGUAACCACUGCUGUAAUAUGCCAAGAAUUCUGUCAUUCUCUCUAAAAAAAAUUAAUUGUAAAAUAUAUCGUCUGAACAAUUGAAAUGUGUUUUAAAAAUCUAGUCCUUUUCCUUUUGGCAAACAGUAUCAUUAGUUAACUGUGUCAUUUAACUAACCUUGUAUUAGUCAUCAGUUGAAAGGAAAUAACCAGAGUUUAUGUAAUGAUUUCUGAAAAUGUUAUGUACCUAAUGUUUUGAGACAAAUCAGCAUCUAAUAGAAAAGAUUACAAAGAUAGAAAUUUGAUGUUUGGUUUCAUUACGCUGCUGGUGUAUGCACUAUGUAAUGCAAACUUUUAAGCUGAAUAUUUGGGUUGAAAUUCCAAAUUAAAACAUCCUCAACAGGUGGCUGUCCAGUCUGUGAAGGGGAGGCCACCAUUUUCCUUGAUAAUUGGCUUCAGCCCAUUUAAGUUUCCUUAGAUAAUUAUGAGAAAAAUGAAUUUUAAGAGCCAACUAAGAAGUAUUUUGAACAAGAGCAGGCAAUGGAAGAGCCAGCCCUUAUUAUAUCAAGGACUGUGAGCAUUGUUGCUAUGACUAGGUAACAGGGGAAUGGAUAGCCUCCUUAGGAAAAUGUCUUAUUAAAAAAAAAGAGAGAGAAAUAGAAUCUCUAAGCGGACAUCAGAAUGGAGAUGAGAAUUGUCAGGAGAAGGAACACCUCAAGAAAGGAAGAGAUAAUAAGUAAAGGAGAAAAUAAUUCCAUGUUAAUCUAUGAAGGUAAAAUUCUAGCCCUAAGCGUGUUUUUUAAAUUUCAAGUCCUUCCUAUUUAAUUAAGUCACAACAAUCUGGAAACUGAAAUAGAGAAUAAACACAAUCUUGUUCCAUUGUUAAUGAUGUGCUUAAGAGACAGAUUCAGAAAGUAUCUUUUAAAAAAAACUGAAAGAGGUGAGAGGCUAUUGUUGCCCAUAGCAAUGUACACUCCUUUCUGUUGUUCCCUGAUUGCAUUAUCAAGCAAGGUUUUGAAGCACGAUGAAAAUAUUGCAAAAUGUUUUGAAUCAGAACGGAUACUGUGUAUAUCCUGUGAGUAGUGAUGACUUGAUGUACAACUUUCAGCUGUGAAAAACAAUUUCCGGUUCCUGCAUAAGUAAUUCUAGUCACAGGUGGCAGCAGCUAGCUGUCUUUGGCUGAUUUUACAGAGGCUGAGCAGAGUCUGACCUGGUUAGGACUUUGAUAGGAGUUCACCAAGAAGUUGAAGAGUUGUAGAUGAGACUGGGAAGUUGAAGAAACACCCCCACAAGACAAAAAUGAAGAAAAGGGGAGUACCUGAUAACAGUAGGUGUAGCACCUACAGCAGAUGAAAUGCUAAAUACUUUCUAAAUUGUCCAAAAAUAACUGCAAGACAUGGUUGAAUGCUUUCCAUGUAUUAGGGAGAAAAUCUUUCAUGUAGUAACUGCAUUAUAGGAAAAAAGAUUUCUGACCUAAUCUUCCCCUGGGCAUAUUAACUUUGUAAGUGCAAGGAUUUUGCCAUUAUAGGACAUACUCAGGCAUGCAUGCUACUUCCUACCUGCAGUGGGAAAGGAUAUACUUUCCCUGAAUUGUCAUAAAUACAACAAUAAAUUGUCACAUAUGUCACACCUAGCUUGAUCUACAAUUCCACACAUUUAGUAGCAUAACUAAAUAAGUAGUUGCACUGAAUAUGAGCUGCUACUUACUGAAGAUGUGUGUACCUAUUCAGGUGGCUGUAAUAAUACAUUUUAACAGUUCAGGAGAGGAAAUAGUGAUGUCUUAUAAUCAGUCUCCUACCAAGAUUGUAAACCAUCAUCCAGUAAGUGAAAGAGUUACAGGACUUCAUAUAUGAUCAUAGGCUGUCAUGUCUGAUGUCAGGGUAAUAUCUUUGUAGGCUUGUAUGUUCUACUCUGACUAGUGUAGCAGCAGCUUUCCAGGGUUUUAGAGAGUUAUUUCUGAUCAUAUGUGCCCAGUACCAUAUUGGCAGUGAGUUUUUUUUUAAAUUUAUUUAAGAAUUAAAUUUCUAAGAAGGCCUCUUUGGGGACCAAAUCAGAAUGGAGGACUGAGAGCUCAACUUCUGUUUUACAAACUGGUCAAAGCAGAUGGUACUGCUAUUGCCUCCACAGCCUUCUCUUGCCAGUGAGGUAACAAAUGAAGUAAGCUAUGAAUCUCAAGGGACUCAAUUUAAUCCUAGGAAUUCCAUUUACUGAUUUUCAGUAAGACAAAAGGGAGCUUGUAUGAAGUAAAAAGGGGGUUUCUUUUAAUAUUAAAUCUAUUUUAGGACUUAGAAAAUAUAAAGAUAUGUUUUAUAUUUAAAAACUGGAAACUCUGUAACUGAUGUUUGGUAGUUGAAUAAUUCUGUCUUGUGCACAUGACAGCUACUACAACAUGCUGUAAAAGAUUCUGGGGUCCACAAAAGGGUUUGGGGCCAUAUGCUGUUGCAUUAUUGCAGGCUGCUGUUGCCUGCUAUGGUCAGUAAAACCUGGGUAGUAGCUAAGUGUACCUCCUACACCUAUCCGGUGUUUCCUUUAAAUCCCAGCCUCUGGUAAGCCAUUUAAUAAUGAAAAUGCUGUAUCCUCUGAUAUCAGUAUAGUUUUCAAGGUGGCCAGUAGGGCAGUUAAAACAACACAACAAAGAGCAAAAAUUCUCCCAUUAAGUAAAUUGAGGCUCAACUCAUUUUUUUAGAAACCUUUUCUGCCUGGAGCCAGAAAAGAAAAAGACUGAGGACCAGGUGAAUCUCCCACAGAAACAAUGUUCCAUAAAGAAAGCAUUCUCACUAGUUACCUCUUGCCUAGCUUCAGAAGAUGGGGGGUGUAAAAAUAUGAUGCCAAGAUGACUGACUUGUGAAGGUUUACAGGAUUUUAGUUCUUAUGUAUAUGGUUAAAUUGGUUUGAGUUGUUUUAUUUUCCAAGGUCUUUAGAGGAAUAACUCAGAUUUUUUUUUCUAUUCGACUGGGCAGUAUAUGAGAGACAUAAAGUGGUUUUGUAGUAGAGCAGAAGCAAGCAGGCUAGUAAAAAGAACCCAGUUGCUAAUCCUGUUUCACAUUAUUCAGGUACAAUAGAACUGCACCCCAAGGAAGCUUCAUUAAAGCCAGCUCGGGCUGACAACUCCCGUAUCUCCCUCCAGGACUGUAAACUCCGUCAGUCACUACCCCAGUUCCCAAGCUACAUUCUAGAGUCUAGAAUAAUUUAAGAACACUCAGACCCUCUGUUAAGUCCUUGAUUAUUUCCCAAGUAAAAUUUUCAGCCAAACUAGCACCAGGUCCAUUCUAUUACUUGGUAGUAUUGCUUUCCAUUCAGUAUCAACCAAACAUUCAAGUAAUUAGGUACUAGGUUUAUGAUUACUUGGGCUAAGCUCUGAGACCAAUAUUUGAAAUUAAAGAAGUAUCUGUAAAUAUACAUACACAUUUGCAA